AUGUUAGGAGUCGUGCGUCUUAGACGCUAUAGAUCCCUGCUUCUAUUCGUUGUUAUUGCGAUCAUCGUGUUUACCCAUUUCUACUCUUUUGGUGAUUCUGCCAGUUCGUUUUCCGUCGAUAAGUUAAAAGAAUAUACAUCCACCGUAUCGAAACAAAGCCCGCAGGAUGUGCAAUGGCCAGUAGCUGAGGUCGAAACUCAUAUUCCACCACCCGAGAUUCCGCCCAUAGAUAAACCAAUCCCUCGGCCCUCGGAGUCUGAGAAAAAACCUCUAGCUGCAGACAAAGAAUCUUUGCACGGAGCGGCGGCGCAUACAGUGGCCACGUCUUCAACAAAGUCUGCGAAUUCUGUAAAAACAUCUACACCGAAGCUCGAAGAUGUGCCCUCAAAAGAACAAAGCACUAUUAACGUUGCCCCUGCGGUACCAUUGCAGGUACAUUGGGAGAAAUCACCAGAGCAUUACCCACUACCCGAGGAAUCAAUCAUUCCAUUACCCAAGAAAUACAAGAAACUUCCCCAAAUACAAGCUUCAUUUGCACAGGAAAGCGAGACGAAGCGCAAAGUGCGUAUCGAAAGGCAAGAUGCUGUGAGAGAGGCAAUGAAACAUGCGUGGAAGGGCUAUAAGGCACAUGCCUGGGGCCAUGAUGAGAUAAUGCCUGUGAGCGCAUCUUAUAAAGAUGGUUUCGGUGGGUGGGGGGCAACAUUGGUUGAUUCACUCGACACCUUGUGGAUUAUGGAGCUCGAGCACGAGUUUUUAGAGGCUGUUAAGGCGACAGGAAAGAUUGAUUUCACAACUACGCCCAUGACAAAAAUCCCUGUUUUUGAGACGGUCAUCAGAUACCUUGGAGGUCUGAUAGGGGCAUAUGAUGUUUCUGGCGGGAAGCAUCAGAUUCUACUUGAUAAAGCAAUCGAGUUGGCUGAUAUGUUAUAUGGUAUCUUUGACACUCCGAACCGCAUGCCGAUUCUAUAUUUUGGGUGGAAACCAACGCAAGUUGCCAAACAAAAUCGUGCGGAUAUUCGAGUUGUUUCAGCCGAACUCGGAUCUCUUACUGUCGAGUUCACACGUUUAGCUCAGAUCACAGGGAAUGAUAGAUAUUACGAUGCGGUUCAGCGCAUCACAGAUGCAUUGGACGAAUUUCAGCCCAAGACAAGUCUUCCCGGCAUGUGGCCAUUGACCAUGGAUACGUCUGGGUGUCAAGUAGUCAAAGUUCCUGUUGAAGAGCAGAAGAAGACUGUGCCACAGCCGGUACCCCCACCAUCAAAUGGCAUAUUUGCGGAGGAUGCAGGUGAGGGAAAAAUGGUAACUCCGCCGGUCCAUAACCCUGGAAAAAGGCAAUUGCCUCAAGUUCAAGAAAUAGAUUGGUUAGGGGAACUACAGGGAGGGAAGAUCUUGACCGAAAGCGAAAAGGAUGCUAGAGAUAAAGCAGCGGCGGCAGCUCUGGCAGCAGCGGGACCACCACCUGGGUUGACAGUUGAGGCGCAGAGUGGAAAGAUUCAUCAUGAAGGAGAAAUCGAGCCCGGAAGAUCCAACGCCAUUGGGGCGCAAUUAAGUGCUACUAGUACUGUUGCCGCCGCAAAAACUUCCCCGUCUUGUCUGCCUCAAGGACUAAAAAAUGCUGGAUACCAAAGGGAACAAAAAUUUACAUUGGGUGGAAUGUCGGAUUCCUUAUAUGAGUAUUUAAUUAAGGAGUAUAUACUCCUCGGCGGUGCAUCUGAUCAAUACAAAAAGAUGUACGAAAGCUCCAUGGAUAUCGCCAAGAAAUAUCUGUUCUUCAGACCACUUGCGGACAAGAACCCCGAUGUCCUACUUUCUGGUAACGUUUACGUGAAUGAUGCUGGUGACGUCAGCUUUGAUACUAACACAGGUCAUCUGACUUGUUUCACUGGGGGGAUGCUGGCUCUUGGUGCAAGAGCGCUCGGUCUCGAGGCUGAUCUUGAAAUUGGCGCCAAACUCACGGAUGGGUGUGUCUGGGCAUACUUCUCUAUGGAAAGCGGCAUCAUGCCCGAAGGAUUUCAGACCGCGUACUGCCAAGAUCCCGAAAACUGCAAAUUCAACCCGACACAGUAUUAUGAGCAGCUAGUACCAAAAUACAGACUGCCAAAAAAGAAAGUAGAUGGAACUACAAAUGUCAAGAGGGACGGCCCAACUCCUGCAGAAAAACAACGACUUCAGGCCAUUGAUCCUAAUGCAGUUCCGAAAGAAUAUCCAACAACUCUUGAAGGAGUUGCGAAGCAGAUGAUUGAAGAGGAAUCAUUACCAAGUGGAUUCACCAAGAUCGGAGACAGGAGGUACAUUUUACGACCAGAGGCCAUCGAAUCUGUUUUCAUAAUGUAUCGGCUUACAGCAGAUACAACAUGGCAGGAUAAGGGAUGGAAAAUGUGGCAAGCCCUUGAAAAAGCAACACGGACGGAGUUUGCCUUCUCAGCGAUAAGUGGCAAGUAG